CAAAGGAUAACCCAGCGAAUAUCCCAUCCAUCCAACCCGUCCAUCCGGGCCCACCACAACGCGUCAUCAAUCAACCCAUCCAUCCCCCGCAAUAAUUUCUCUCGCUUCCGCCGGUCGCCGCCUCCCUCCGCCGCUUUCUUCCCCUUUAAAACCCUCCCAAAAUUCAAACGCGACCAAGCCGCCGGCGAGGUGAACGAAACCCAACCAUGGCAGGCGGCGGAGGUGGCGAGGGGAAGGUGGCGUGCGCGGCGUGGAUCCGGCGCCGGGAGGAGAAGGAGAAGGCGACGCGCGUCUUCGCGGCGUACGGGCGGGCGGGGUCGCCGCCGGCCGUGGAGGUGCUCGGGUUCGACUCCAAGGAGUGCUCCCUCUCCGAACCCCUGGCGAGGGCGGAGCUCGGGGAGGAGCCGGGCGACGCGCCGCGUGGCAUCACGGUGCACCCCAGCGGCGACGAGCUCGUCUGCGCCACGGCCAAGGGGUGCAGGCUAUUCAAGCUGAUUUUUGAAGAGUUCACUGUUCGACUUAUUUCAAGAGACGCUCCACCACUUGAAUCCGUUGGACCGCAGAAGUGUCUUGCUUUUAGCACUGAUGGAUCUAAAUUUGCCAUUGGUGGUGAGGAUGGGCAUCUCAGAAUAUUUCAUUGGCCGAGCAUGAAUGUGCUCUUAGAUGAACCCAAGGCUCAUAAGUCCUUCCGGGACAUGGAUAUCAGCUUAGAUUCAGAAUUUUUAGUUUCCACAUCCACUGAUGGUUCUGCAAGAAUAUGGAAGAUAGAUGAGGGGGUACCAUUGGUCAAUUUGACUCGAUCUGCGGAUGAGAAGAUUGAAUGUUGCCGCUUUUCUAGGGAUGGCAUGAAACCAUUCCUGUUUUGCACCGUUGCAAAAGGUAACAAAGUUGUAACUGUUGUCUGGAACAUAAGUGACUGGAGUCGAAUUGGAUACAAGAGACUUCUGGGAAAACCUAUCUCCACACUUUCAGUUAGCAUGGAUGGGAAGUAUCUGGCUUUGGGGAGCCAUGAUGGUGAUUUCUGUGCUGUGGAUGUAAAGAAGAUGGAUGUUUCUCACUGGAGCAAGAAGGUCCAUCUUGGUUCUCCGGUUUCCUCAAUUGAAUUUUGUCCUACUGAAAGGGCCGUAAUCUCCACAUCGCAUCAAUGGGGAGCAGAGCUGACAAAGCUGAAUGUCCCUGCUGACUGGAAAGAAUGGCAAGUCUGGCUCAUACUCUUAUCUCUUUUCCUAGUGUCAGCCAUCCUGUUCUAUAUGUUCUACGAGCGCUCCGAUUCCUUCUGGAACUUUCCAAUGGGGCAGCAUCAGCCAGCCAAGCCAUGGAGUGUCAUGAAGGAGUCUCCUCCAGUUCCUGAGGACCAGAACCCCUGGUGAAUUAUCUUUCAAGCAAUCAAGCAUUUGGGUGUUGUUUUAUUUCAUAAUGAAAGGGUUUUUUCCAAGCCUAAUUCAUGUUGUACCAUUUUACUUGUUCGCCGAUCUGACCACGUCAGUAUUUAUCUAGGUAAAUCAGUAAAAUGCCACUGUAAUUGGUGGUCUGAUGGUAGUUAUGAAAAUGCCAUCGACUUCCAAUGAGACUUUCAGUGGCAUUUUUAAGUCUAUUGUACCUUGCAGUGGGAUUUAUCCACGUGCUUAUUUACCCCCUUCUCUUUGGUAGUCAAUAACUGAAUUUAUCAGUGUGUUCUACUUCUGUAUAUGUGGGUUGGGAUGUGAGUACAAGUACAUGUGAACUCAGCUUUAAUUAAGCCGCUGGCAGUUGUUAAUUGCAGGAUGUUUUUUUA